UGCGCGCCAAUCCUGACUUUACUCCAUUGCGUCAAUGCAGCUACGGCGAUGUAACCGUGUGUACUGCUCUGAAAUAAGGUCUUUGCGCGAUAAUUCUCCGUCCGAAUGGUACGCGUGCUAUGACCACCUCCCUGGUCUUAAAUCCUCGUUGGGCGGAUACUGUAAUGUUUGUGUAUGAAAACAACUUGGAUGAGCUUAACAAGAACAUGGAAGGUCUGGUUGGUAGCAGCAAUUUCGCCGCCAACCAGUGCAGGAAUCUGAUAGCUCACUCAGCUCUGAGCGGCCACCCUUCCAGCCUUGUGCAUGGUUCUGGCUAUUCCACCGUGGAUGUAAGUACCUCGAGUUCAGGAGAAACGAGUAAGCAAUGCACUCCGUGCCCAACGGUACCCCAAGCUUCGUCCACGGGGCCUAUACCUUAUGGCUACUUUGGCAACAGUUAUUAUCCCUGCAGGAUGGGGCGGGGUUCGCUCAAGCCUUGCACACAACCAAGCGCGCUUGGCUACUCUGCAGAGAAGUACAUGGACACCCCGGUCACAUCUGAAGAAUAUCCCACCAGGGCCAAAGAGUUCGCUUUUUACCACGGCUACCAUGGUCCUUAUCAAUCCAUGGCCAGCUAUUUGGACGUGUCCGUGGUACAGACACUAGGGACCAGCGAGCCACGGCACGAUAGUCUUCUCCCUAUGGACAGUUACCAACCGUGGGCUCUGGCGAAUGGAUGGGGAGGUCAAAUGUACUGUUCCAAGGACCAGAGCCAAGCCGGCCAUCUGUGGAAAUCUGCAUUAGCAGAUGUUGUUGCCCACCAACAUGACGGGGGCUCUUUUCGCCGAGGUAGAAAGAAAAGGAUACCGUACACCAAAGUGCAGCUUAAGGAACUGGAGAAAGAGUAUGCCGCCAACAAAUUCAUCACGAAAGACAAGAGGAGAAAGAUUUCUGCGGUAACCAACUUGUCCGAGAGGCAGAUCACAAUCUGGUUUCAGAACAGGAGGGUAAAGGAAAAGAAAUUUGUUGCCAAAGUUAAAAGCAGCGCUCCAUAAUAGGGAUUUGAACAAGACAUUUUUUAUUUUUUAUUUUUAUUUUUUUUUAUCUGUGACUCAGAUUAAACAAAAAAGUCGACUGGACUUUUACUGCGAUUGUUUGUGUUCUAUUGCCUGCGUAUUUGCAUCUCGAACUAAUGAAAGGAUGAAAACAUAAAGAAUAAAAAAGACAAUAUCCCUGUAAAAAUGCCUGCCAAAAUAUAUUCCUGCAUACAAGCUAAAUGUUAGAAUGUUAAGCAUGUCGAUGUUGUUACUGCAGUAGAAAUAUAGCUUAUUAAACUAUAUAUCCAUUAAUAUUCUUUAUAACAUACUUUAAUGAUAUAUAUUAAAUGUAUAUGUAUAUAUUACAAUUAAAAAAAUCACCUUAAUCUUUUAAAGUAAUUGACUGCCUUAGCUAAUUUUCAUAAAAACUAAUUUGUAAUUGUGCUAGUGAGUACGCCAAGUGUUGUCCCGUAAACGUCCCAUUUACAUUCAUUUUACUUUCAAACAAAUUACAAUCUUGCUGGGGUGCUUAAACAGUCCUGUCAACUUGCAACGAGUUUAUGAGCGCUUCUGUGUUUUUUUUUCCAUACUUUUUGACAAUCCUAGACACGGGACUUUCUUUUCUUUGUUACACCAAUUUGUAAAUAUGAUACAACAUAUUUACAGUUUAUUUGGACCAACCAUUUAAAAUAAAAGCUUGUA